AUGUGCCAAGACUCAGCUACACCCUCUGCCCACUCCUCAGUAGCUUUGGGAUCUCCCAUCUGCAGCCCUGCGAUGAGGCUUCCUCUCCCCAGUAUCUUGACAGACACGCCCAUUCUCAACUAUCCAUUAUUGGGGAGACCUGGAGAGCCCCCAUUAAUAAAAGGCUGGCUUCCUUAUCUUGGACAGGGGCUGAACUUCCAAAAAGCUCCCUCUGCUUUCUUAAAAACUCUUCAGAAGCAGCAUGGUGAUAUUUUCACAGUUCUCCUUGGGGGAAAGUACAUAACAUUUAUCCUGGACCCGUUGCAGUUCCAGUUAGUGACCAAAAAUCCCAAACAUUUAAGCUUCCAAAUAUUUAGUACUAAACUAAUAUCUAAAGUGUUUUCCAUCGAAAUGAUGCUAACCAAUCAAGAGCUGAACCAUGAUAUUCAUGUCUGCUAUCAGUAUUUGCAGGGAAAAUCUUUGGACAUACUCUUUGAAACCAUGAUGCAGAAUCUAAAGCAUGUUUUUGAGUCCAAAUUACUCAAAACUAGAAACUGGGACACAGAACGAAUGUUGACAUUCUGCACCUCAGUAGUAUUUGAGAUCACAUUUACAACUCUGUAUGGAAAACUCCCUGAUGCAGACAGGAAAAAAUUUAUUAGUGAGCUAAGAGAUGAUUUUAUUAAAUUUGAUGACAAAUUCCCAUAUUUAGUAUCAGGCAUACCCAUCAAGCUUCUAGGAAAUGCCCUGUCUUUGCGGAAAAAACUUACAGAGUGCUUUACACAAGAAAACUUAGCGAAGAUGCAAGGAUGGUCAGAAGUUAUUCAAAUGAGGCAAGACACUCUGGAGAAAUACUAUGAGCCUGACAACUCAGAAAUAGGAGCACAUCAUUUAGCCCUUCUCUGGGCCUCCGUCGCAAACACUAUUCCAACUGUGUUCUGGGCGAUGUAUUAUCUUCUGCGGCACCCAGAAGCUAUGGCAGCCCUGCGUGACGAAAUCGACCGCUUGCUGCAGUCAACAGGUCAAAAGAAAGGGUCUGAAUUUUUCAUCGACUUCACCAGAGAACAAUUGGACAGCCUGGUCUACCUAGAAAGCAUUGUUCUUGAGGUUCUACGGCUGUGUUCAUUUUCAACCACCAUUCGUUUUGUUGAAGAGGAUUUUGCUCUACCCGUGGAGUCUGGGGAAUGCCUUUUGCGAAAGGGAGACUUGGUAGCCAUCUUUCCUCCAGCCUUACACAAAGACCCUGAAGUCUUCGAAGCUCCGGAGGAGUUUAGAUAUGAUCGUUUUGUAGAAGAUGGUAAGAAGAAAACCACCUUUUUCAAAAGUGGAAAAAAGCUGAAGUAUUGCGUAAUGCCGUUUGGAUCUGGAGUCUCCAAAUGCCCCGGCCGAUUUUUUGCAGCUUGUGAAAUGAAGCAGUUGUUGGUUGCACUUGUAACUUAUUUCGAUUUAGAAAUAAUUGAUGAUAAACCUGUCGAACUGAGCUACAGUCGCAUGUUGCUUGGUAUUCCGCAUCCAACAACAGAUGUUUCAUUUAGGUAUAGGGUAAAAUCUUGAAGGCGUUAAAAGUACGCUAAGAUAAAAUUCUCAGCUCAUUUUUUUAUUUUUAAUUUCUGCAAAUGGAAUUGUGUUGUGUUUGUUUUUAAAUGUGUCAAUUUCCACUUCAUCUAAGAUCAGUUUACAGUUGGUCACAAAGCCUAUUCUAAAAUACAACAGGAGGGUAGAAUGAAAGGAAACAUCAAAGUUAACUCACUGAUAAGGUUAAGACAGCCCUUUGAAGUCUCUGUUUUCAUAUUUUCACCUGUAACAUUAAAUGUACCCUCAAAGCAGUAUCUUUGGCACUGUAGGGUUUUUUAAGUCACUCAAACCAUUCUGUAAUAUGUGAAAAUACACUUCAUGUAUUACUGGAAAUUUGUCCUAGAACUGGACCCAGUCUAACAAAUUCCAAACUCACAGAGAAGAACGAAAUUUAAUUUCUGUGAGAUACAUUGGAUGAAAAUGUUCCCUUCAAGUAUAAUACCAAUAAUAUCUGUAUUGCCUGGGUAUAUUUGCAUUAAAUGAGUUUUGCUGUAGAUUAAACACUUCACUUCCAUAUUUAAUCAUCUGUAAAUACUUUUUAUCACUUUGCAUACUAUUGGCUCAAUAGAACAAAAUUCCUUCUUAUAUAAGGCCUCCCAUGUUCAAGUUAGAUACUGAUAAGAUUUCAUAUGUAAGAAAACACAAAACGUUAUAUAUUCAGCCAUUGACCUAGACAUUCGUGCUCGGUUUAUUGUAGAAGCAAAUGUUGAGAUCAUUACAGCAUUGAUUGCAGAAUUUUGGCUUUAGUAUAAACUAUAAAGGUUUUGGAGCCCUGGUGGCACAUGGAUAAGAGCUUGGCUGCUAACCAAAAGGUCAGCAGUUCCAUCCACCAGCCACUCCUUGGUAACCCUCUGGGGCAGUUCUGCUCUGUCCUAUAGGGUCUCUAUGAGAAUUGACUUGAUGGCAAUAGGUUUUUUUUGUGUUUGUUUUUUUUUUUUAAUAAAGAUUCAUGCCAGUAUUGCAAUUAACCCUUUCCUUAAUGCUUCCAUUUAUAUAAACUGAUGCAUCAACUUUCUUUUAUAUAAUUUUUAUUGUGCUUUAAGUGAAAGUUUACAAAUCAAGUCAGUCUCUCACACAAAAACCCAUAUACACCUUGCUACACACUCACAGUUACUUCCCCCCUAAUAAGACAGCCCACUCUCUCUUUUCAUAAACUGACACAUCAACUUUUGGACUUGGAGUUUUUUGUAUUACUUUGAAUUAACAAUUUUAUGUAAUGCAGUAUAAUUUGAUAAGACACACUGGAGCUUUUUGCUAAUGACUUGCAUUUCUAAUACCAGAUUAUCAAAUGAUUGGCUGGCAUGAUGAUAUGAAAUAUAAAUAGGCAAGUCAGAGGCAGAAUUAUAUAUAAUAAAUCCAAGUUAAUUCAGGUAUGUUAAUUGGAACUUCUAGUAAGUCUAACAUUUAGUAAUUUUUAAAAGAAGAAAUUAAUUUUUAUAGUAAGAUUACAUAAUACUUACCAUACCUAGUAAAUAAGAUUUUAUAGCAUUUAUUUUCUCCUUCCUGAGUUACAUCCUCUAAAAACAUUUUAGUGAAAAUCUGCUGGUGUAAACUUUGUUUUUUCUUGAUGGAUGAUCUCUUUAUUUUGCCCUCAUUCUGGAAAGAUGUCUUUGCUGGGUGCACAAGUCUAGGUUGACAGCUAUUUCCUCACAGUGCUUUUGAAGAUAUUGCAUGUUCUUCAGGCUUUCUUGUUAUCGAGAAGUCAGCCAUCAGUCAUUUUCAUUAAUCCUUAGUUGUUAAUCUGUCUCUUCUCUCAAACUAUUGUAACAUGUUCUCUUUGUCUUUGACAGAGGUUACACUACUAUGUGCCAGGAGUAGUUUAUUUCUAUUUAUUGUGCUUGUAUGUCAUUGAGCUUCUCAAAUCUUCUUGACUGAGUGUGUUUCACCAAGUAUGGAACAUUCUUAGCCGUCACCUCUUUAAAUAUUACCUCUCUCUCAGAUUCUGUAUUACACCUUCUCACUCAGUAUUCCAUGGUGUUUAACCUUUUCUCUCCAUAUAUUGUAUAUCUUUGUGUCACUAAUUUACAGUCUAGGUGAUUUCUUUAGAUUUGUUUUUAAGUUUAUUCUUCCUACAUCGUAUCUAUUCUGCUCUUUAAACUCAUGCGUUGAGUUUCUUUCUUCCUUUUUAUUUUAACCUCAGGUUCAGAGGACUGAGUAAUUAUACUUCUUAUACUCCUGGGUUCAUGCUACACACUGAUCAUUAGUCCAAGCAAAGACCCUCUGGCUUUAUCUACUUAUCCCAUAUUCUUCCUAAACCCCAGUGCCAUGCGUUUCCCCACCACAGGCAACCAUUCUAAUGGUUAAUAUGUAUUAUUUUAUUUGUAUGUGUCCUUAUUAGAUAUGUAUUGCUAUCUUGAGUUCAUUUACAUGAUUGUAUUUUCUGUAAGUCAUAUUCUUUAUUUUCUUCACUAAGCUAUAAAUUUUUAAAGAUGCCACCAUGUUGCUUUGUAUGUAUUUAAUCUGUUCUUACCACUGCAUAGUAUUCUAUAACGUGCCACCAUCAUGCUUUAAUUAUCUAUUCACCACCCAGUGAUAGAUGAAUCGCUUCUAACUCCACACUACUCCAAAUACCAGCAUGAUAAAUACCUUCUUCAUUCAUGUUCCUGUAUGGACUUCGGAGAAUUUCUCCUACCUAGGAGCAGAAUUGCUGAGACAGGAGUAUAUACGUAAUUGAGACAUUAUUAUCAGUUCAGUCUCCAGAAGGGGGCACCAAUCUCUUCUCCCCACAAGAAAUGUGAAGUUCCAUUAUCUCUAUGCACCUACCCUUUCGUGGCAUUAUCCAGCUUCCUGCGUUUGGCUUAUCUGGUAGGGCAGAAGAAAUACCUCAUUUUAGGUUAUGUUUCCCUAAUGACUGAUGGAGCUGUGCUUAAGAGCUUGGCUGCCAACCAGGAGGUUGGCAGUUGUAGUCCACCAGCUACUCUUUGGAAAACCUAUGGGGCAGUUCUACUCUGUCUUAUUGGGUCACUAUGAGCCAGAAUCUACUUGAAGGCGAUGGGUUUGGCUUGGGUUUUGGUUUUAAUGUCUAAAAGAAUUUGAGUAUCUUUUCAUGUGCAUGUUAGGUCUUUGGAUUUCCUUUUCUGUGAAUUUUCUAUACGUAUCUUUACCCACUUUUUUAUUGUAUUUGUAUCUUUUCCUUCUUAAUUACCUGGAGUUUCUUGAAAUUUUUUUAUUUUUGCCAUUUUUUGGUUUUAGACAAUACAGAUAUCUUCUGCCAGUUGUCUCACCUUUCCCCAUUCAUUGAUAACACUGUCUGAACACUCUCUGAAGUCCUCUUGGUCUGUUUUUCGGUUCUUAACUAGUAUUAUGGUGUUUUCUUACUGUGAUUUUUGCUGAUUCAACAUCAGAAAAAAAAAAAUCAAAGUAAUACCCUACACUAGCAAGCAAAAGAAGAAAGACCAUAUGAGUAUCUCCAUUGAUGCAGAAAAGAGUUUCAUAAUAUUUCACCUAUUUAUGAUGAAAAUAGCAAAUUAGGAAUAGAAGGAAAAUUCCAUAACUUGGUAAAAGUUAAAUUACAA